AUGAUAUUCCAGUUCAUCAGAAGGUAUAUCCUUACCCUGGUGAUAGACUAUCGGAAGGUGAACGAGAAGACAAUUCCCGAUAAAUAUCCAAUGCCCGAGAUUGGGUAUGUUUUAGAUCAACUAAAGGGUCAAAAAUACUUCACCACCCUUGAUUUAGCGUCUGGAUUUCACCAGAUUAAAAUGAGGGAGAAAGAUAUCGAGAAAACGGCUUUCGCCAUCAACAACGGGAAAUAUGAGUUCACUCGAAUGCCGUUCGGCUUGAAGAACGCUCCUGCGAUCUUCCAGCGGGCAAUUGACGACGUGCUAAGAGAUCACAUAGGGAAAAUAUGCUAUGUGUACAUCGAUGACGUCAUCGUGUUUGGAAAGACCCUAAACGAACAUUUGAAAAAUCUUAAAAUAAUUCUAGAAACACUAAAUAAUGCAAAUCUCAAGAUUCAGUUGGACAAAUGUUUCAGACUACUACUGCUAUUAUGUAUUCAACCAGACCAACUUCAAUCGACACAAGAUGUGACACUCGACUUACGGGACGUAGGACGUCAACCAGUCAUGAUCUUCGAUCAAGGCGAGGCACGGAUCAAACUUGACCACACAUAUUACAUUCAUCACUUCAAUCUAACGACUAUUAGAAUGCAAGUAAAAAGCCUUAGAGAUCAGUUUGAAAACUUUAGCAGAAAUCAAUUUUCCGACUUAAUAAUAGAAAAAUUUAACGAAAUAGAUUUUGCAUUAAAAAGCAUAGACCCUAUCAGACGUCAUAAACGUUGGGAUAGCUUAGGCACAGUUUGGAAAUUUAUAGCUGGCAGUCCAGAUGCCAAUGAUUUGAGAAUCAUCAAUUCUACCAUAAAUAAUUUAAUUAUGAACAAUAAUGAGCAGAUCAGGAUUAACCGUGAGAUAAACCUACAAUUGAAGGAAGCAAUGUUUGAAACGAAAAAGGCAAUCAAUCUGUUUAACACAAGAUCAGCCGAAACUUAUUCCACUAAGAUUUUAUUUCAUUUAAACUACUUAUCAAAGAAAUUGAAUCAGAUAAUUGAUACAAUCUUGUUAGCUAAAUUAGGAAUAGUAAACGAAAAAAUUCUGAGCCAACGUGAAAUUGAUAUUUUAAUCAAUGAUUUAGCUAGGGAAAAUAUAACGGUUCAUACUGCUCUGGAGGCAAUGAAUUAUGCGACGACAUCAGUGGCAACGAACAGUUUGGAAAUUGCACUCAUAAUAAAAAUGCCAAAACUCGACCCGAGAAUAUUCAACAAAAUACGUCUAUACCCAAUCAUUCACAAAAAUAAGCAAAUUCAUAUAGAUCAUCGAUUUUAUCUAACUCACAAAGACGAGAUUUACUCCAUAAACUCAGUCGAACCUACUAUAUUCGACGCAAACGAAAUCAAUUUGGACAAUUCAACCUGCAUACCGAAGCUAUUGAAAGGAGAACAGGCAACUUGUAAUUUUACCACCAACCCAGUUGAAGAAGAAGUUAUUUUUCUAGACAACCAACACUUGUUCAUAAACACUAUGAAAAAUUUCACCCUUUCAUCAAAUUGUGGCCUAACAAACAGAAACCUGACCGGAGCAUUCAUCGUUUUCUUCAAAAAUUGUCAGUUAUACAUCAAUAAUGUUUUAUAUAGCUCAAGAGUGAAAACCUUACCGGGAAACCCAAUACAACUACCCCUAGACGGAAUCGAUGUGAAUAUGCAUCAAGAGGUUCUAAACAUCAGCCUGGACCAUUUACAUAAACUCCAUCUGGAAACGAGGAAGGAGCUGGAUGUUAUCCGGCUAUCAACGAACAGUAUAAAGUGGCCAACAUUAUCCAUUUUCGGGGGAAUUAUGUCCCUACCUAGCUUAAUCGCCAGGACCACAACAGUCGAAGAUCCAGUACCAGACAUCCAACCUAACAUUAGACGUUUGACAAUCAGAGAAGUGAUUCGUACGGAACCUCAUCUCUCAGGAAGGACGAGUUAACGAUGAAGCCACGCGACUCAGGUGCUGACGUCGAAGUUCCUCGAGACAACCGGCAAACAUUGCAAUCGCCAAGCUAGGCAUUUUUGUUAGACGACGACAACGUGCGACCCAAUCGAUGGCAACGUGUGACCGGAUGGAUGGCACCACCGCGAGGAUUGCAGAGUUAGCAGUAUUGAACUGUAGUUAGGGCUAAUUAAUUGAAAUAAAUUCAUUCGAUGUGGAACGGUAGAGUAGUGUAGUUGUAUUUUUUAAAAAGAGUAUCACAAACUCUUAU